AUGACGUUCGCGGCUCUCCGAGCGCUGCAUAACAUCAUCGGCGAGGCGCUGGACGACAUCGAGCAAGUUUAUCAUUCUUAUCGACCUGAUACGGUGGCGAGCGACGUCGACGACGUUUACGGAGAUUGCGAGUAUGAGCCUAUGCCUAUACCUACGCCGUACCCUGCGCCAACGCGUGGCUCGUCGGCUCAGCUAGGCCAGGGCCCCACGCACAAAACGACAAGGUCGGCGGGGUCGAUGAACGCGAUCAUCGCCCGGGCCUAUGUCUCACCACCACCGUCCCCGUGUGUGCCUACGCAUUCGGAUCUGUGUCGUCGGGCGUCUGGUAUCAUCCCUGGCACUGCGGCCACUGCCAGUGGCCCCACGGCUGAUCUACCCCCGGUACCCCCGCCGCUCCUCGACUUUCCGUCCCUUGACGCCCCUUGCGAUCCUACCUCCCCUGCGGAGGUGAUGACCUCGGAUCCGAAGGUUAUGGCUGCUGUUAAUCGUAUCGUUGGUGCGUGUGGGCAGAUGGCUGCGACAGUGCAGACGCCCUUUUUGACGAUUUGUGAUUCGACUAUGGGGUACCAUUUACCUUCGUGCAUGCGCCUGGUGGAAGCUGCGCAUGUUGUGGAGGUUAUACGUGAUAGUGGGUGUGAUGGGUUACAUGUUGAGGUGCUUUCGGAGAGGUGUGGUGUUGAGGCUGGCAAGCUGGCACAUGUUCUUCGACUGUUGGCGACGCAUCAUAUUUUUCGGGAGAUUUCUCCGAAUGUGUUUGGGCUGAAUCGGAUAUCGUCGCUUAUGGAUUCGGGGAAGAGUAUCAGGGAGUUGAGGGAGUAUCAUGCUCUGGGACGGCCUGAACUGAAGUAUCAAGGAACGAACGGUAUCGCAGCCUUUGUUGGAUUAUGCUCUGACGAAAUAAACAAAGCCUCAGCAUACAUGACCGAAGCCUACCUCCUCUCCUCCUCCUCCAGGGUCCGACGCGCCAACGAGCCGACGCUUGCGCCGUUCUGUUUGGCGUUUGGGACUGCCCACCUUGGGGUGGACUAUUUUGGGUGGUUGGAGGGCGAGGAUCGGAAGUUGGGGUUACGAGUGGAUGGGGAAGAUGGGAAGCAUGAUCUUCGUAAUGAAGAUGGGAAUGCAGAUGUUCGUGGUGCGAGGGAUGGAAGUGCUGCCGGUGAGGAUCGGUGUGAUCCGUCUGGGGAUGGAAGAGCAUCGACGCAUGCUCCUCCAUCACGGCCAUCCAAUUUAUCGUCGGACGCGCAAAACUCUCUUCCUGACGGUUGUCAGACUACACCGACUCACAACAGCGCCGCUGGGACUCGAGAUAAUGUUCCUUCGCAUACCCGUGCCCCGUCUUCUAUCAUCGAUAUCAGGUCAGGUAAUCCCAACCGGUUCAGGUUGGAGAGAUUUGGUAAGGCUAUGUCGGGAACGGGUUCGUGGGAGGCGCCCGGUGCGAUCUUCAAUGCAUUCGACUGGAGAAGCCUGCCUCGCGGAAGCAUCAUCGUCGAUGUGGGAGGUGGAAUAGGAUCGACGAGUAUGCUCCUCGCUUCGGCGUUUUCGUCUUCUGAGGGGGAGAACCGUGGUUUGAAGUUUGUUAUUCAGGAUCGGUCUGUGGUUGUUGAGAUGGGGGAAAAGGCGUGGAGGGAGAAGUGUCCUGAACUUCUAGAGUCUGGCUUAGCUCGGUUUCAAGUCCACGAUUUCUUCACACCUCAGCCAAUCCAGAACGCUUCCCUCUUCCUCCUACGCGUAGUUCUUCACGACUGGCCAGACAACUACGCGCGCAAGAUCCUCCUGCACCUUCGACGUGCUGCACGGGACGACCAGAUUCACGAGGAGGACAAUACGAAGCUUCUGCUUGCUGAUUUUGUGCUGCCGUUGGCGUGUAAGGAGACUGGAGGUAGUGAGAGUGGGUUGAGUGGGAUUGAAGGUGUCUCGGUUGGAGGUGGUGGUGGUGGGACUCAGGGACAGGAGUAUGGUUCUGCGCCGGCGCCGUUGUUACCCAACCUUGGUAAAGCGAGUGCGAACGUGUAUUGGAUGGAUAUGACGAUGAACGCGAUGUUCAACUCGCAAGAACGGACCCUGCGGGAGAUCGUUGCGCUUACACGAUCCGCCGGGUGGAGGGUGGUACGAGUGACACAAGCGCCUGGGUCGCAUUUUGGGCAUAUCGUUGCUUUGCCUUGUCCCAUUCCGGGUGUUGGGUCGAUGAGGAGGCCGCCUAGGGAGAAGCGUCCGCCACAGGGACGGCAACGGGAUCGGGUACAGGAGCAGGAGAUACAACAGCAGAGUUGGGAGCAGGGACGGGAAGAGCAGCAACUGUAUCAGGAACUUCAAGCUCGGGAGAAACUGCAGCAGCAGAACGAGCGCCAGGAGGAGCGGCUGCAGUGGCAUUCACAUCAACAGAAGAAACCUCGCGUUAGGAAAGACUCGUCCAUCUCGGCUAUCCUCGCAUCCUCGAUUGAGCAGACGAAGAAAAAGUUGGGUCUGGGGAAGGAGAAGGAUAGCGAGGAGCCAAGUUAUGAUUCCGCUCUCGGCACCGAAGAUCAUGAAGUAGGGGCGACUGUCGGUGCAUCUAAUCGAUACAACACGCCCACGCCUACACCGAUGCCACCCCUUCGAUGUAGCACGCCCACGCCGACGUUUGGCUCGAGGAUGGAGCUGGCGUCUGUCAAGGACGUUUUGGCGCGUUUGGGAGGGGGCGUGAGGAGGUAUCGGCGCACCUCGGCUUUGGGUUCGGGAAUGGGAUCGUCGUCGAGUUCGAGUGGUUCUUCGAAUCUUCCGCCUUUGACACGAACGAUUACGACGACCGCGCCUCCUGAGCGACCUCCCAAGAAGAGGCCAUCCCCUUUGUCGAUGCCGUUGGCUUCAUAUGCGUCCGAGUCGGCUUCGCAGGUGGAGAUUGAUGCACAUCCACCACCUGGACCAGCGCCUUCUUCAACUUCAACUUCGGCUCAACUGAAGUCUCAGGUCUCGUUUCCUUCCCUGCCUACUGCCCAGCAUAAGCAGGAGAGGGAGAGUUCGUUCAGGAAGACGAUCAGAAGGCACGUUUCGUUGGCGAGUUUGUCGAGGAUUAGGAGGAUGUCCUUUUCUGAGCCCGCGGCUGAGGUUCUGCCGGACGUCCCACCUCUGCCUUUCCCUCGGGUACAACAACCUCUGCCUACAUCGGAACAGGUUGGCCCUCCUGGGAGACAGACUCAGUACCAGGUCCAUCCACGCGAGAACCACCAGCUACCUACUCCCGAAUCCCCUGAUUACCCGCCGCCAACUCGAUUCUAUCGACACUCGUCGCAUGUGCAUCUGAGGCAGGAUAGUGUAGCUUCGUCGAUGGUGCCUCCUUCCCCUAGCAUUUCUCCCAUGCCCAUGCCUUCCUCGCCUUCUCCAAAGUUUGUGAACAUGCCAAUCCCUCCAUCUCCUUCGCCCAAGUUCGUUUCGAUGCCCAUGCCUCCCUCACCGAAGUUUGCGAAUAUGCCGAUGGAACCACCGCCUUCGCCUUCCCCGAAGUUUGUGAGUAUGCCGUUGGCGAUGCCGCCGUCGCCUAGUUUCCAUCCCAUGGUGAUCCCGCCUGACUUGGAUCCGAGCUCUGCUGUGCAUUACCGGCGUCAUUCGCUUUCGAGGGCUCCUACGCCGCUUCCAAUUCCUACUUCCUCCGUUUAUCCCUAUCCCACUUCUGCUCUCAGUCGUCCCAAUACCGGUGUCGACAUUAACACCAGAGCCAAUACCAACCCCCACCCUCAUCCAGGGCUGAGUCGCCCCCGCUGCGUGUCGACGAUCACGCUACCCACUCGCGACCAUGAUCAUGGCACUAGGACAGGGAAAAGACCAAAGACGGGUGUUUUGCGUCUCGAUAACGGGGGUCGUGCGAGUGGGGUGUGGGGCAAGGUUGAUGAAGGUUUAACCCAGGUGGAGGAUGUUCAAUCUAGAUGGCCGUCGGAUGGUAACCGCAGGGAAGCUCUUCUGCCUUUACGAAGGCAGGCAAGUACUCGGAGAGAAGAUGAGAGGCUGUCCUUUACACCAGAUAUUCAACCGGAGAGGGUAGGCAGGGCAAGGAGGAUGAGUGCGGUGUUUACGAGGGGGUUGGGGUUGAGGAGGUCGGAGCAGAACUUUUCCAGUGCGAAGCUUUGA